GACAGAAAUAAUGUAGGCUGUAUAUAUCUGAGAAACAUUAAAACUGAAGAAAAACUCAGCGGGCCCGGUUGCCUUCGCGGGGCUGCGUGUUCCCGCGAGAGCUGCGGGAAGUCUCGCCGGAGCGAAGGCGAGGCGAGAAGAGAGCUCGCUGCUCCGUACGAACCGCGUCCCGCAGCAGCUCCGUUUGCGCGGCGUGAUGCUUUCCUCCGAGGAGCUUUACCGAGAGCAUCAGGGACUCCUGCUUCCCAGAGAGACUCACUCUGCAGAGAGUCUGAAGUUUGCGCAGGAAUUCACUCUGAAGGAUGAGGAUGUCCUCGCAGUUACCUACCCGAAGUCAGGGACGAUCUGGAUGCAGGAGAUCCUCCCGCUGGUGCUAAGUGGCGGAGAUCUGACUCCCGUCCAAACGGUGGUGAACUGGGACCGGGUCCCGUGGCUGGAGGAAAAGAGGCUGGCGCAGGUCGUUGAUAAGUUGCCGUCGCCACGAGCGCUCGUCACACAUUUUCCCUACAGCUUCAUGCCGCCUUCCUUCCACACGUCCAAAGCCAAAGUAAUCUAUGUACUAAGGAACCCAAAAGACGUCCUGGUGUCUUCAUAUUACUUCCACCAGAUGGCCGCCUUCCUGGAGGAUCCAGGGACUUUUGAUGAGUUCAUGGAAAAAUUCCUGGACGGGAGAGUCGUCUUUGGGAAAUGGACAGACCAUGUAAAGAGCUGGAGAAAUGCAGAGCUGGGAGACAGGAUGCUUUUCAUCACUUAUGAGGAAAUGGUUCAGGACCUGCCCGCUUCCAUCAGGCGCAUUUCUGACUUCUUGCGCAGGAAUCUGAGUGAAGAAGUCAUUCAGAAGAUAGCAGAGCAUUGCUCUUUCCAGAGCAUGAAGGCCAACCCCAUGUCCAACUUCAGCCUCUGCCCAAAGCAGUACAUGGACAGCGACAAGUCUCCUUUCCUGAGGAAAGGGAUCGCAGGGGACUGGAAAAACCACUUCAACUCAGAACAACUGGCCCGAUUUAAGUCUGCGAUCACUAAAGAGCUGGAGGGAGAGAAGUUCAAUCUGCCGUGGAGCUUGGACUGAUCUGCACGUGAAAAUUCAAAUUCUGGCAAUCAGCAAGCAAAAGGUUCUCAAGUUGGCUGACUUCCACCGCCCAAAGCAAUUCUCACGUUUAAAGAAUCUGGCUUCAAUAAGGACAGGAGCAGUUGUUUUUUUUUAUUUAUUUUUUUAAUCUGCUGCAGUGUUUGGAAUUGGCUGAUAAGUUAUCAAAACUGUCAUCCAAAUCUCUGAUGUCAUGUGCCACAUUUCUGUUUCAUUGUGUGCCUGCGCUGCUGUUCGCUGUCACCGCUGGUAUUAUAUGUGAAAGCUUCCCCAGGCUUUCUGAAAAAAAGAAAUAGGCUGUUUUGUGUCUUUGACUCCAAAUAAUGCAUUCUUCAAAACUUAAGAGGCAUUUAAUUAAAAUUUUAUUCCGAACUUUGAUAUCUUUGCCAAACUGUACCUUACAGAUUUGUCAGUCGUCAGCUCUUAUCUCCAAGUUGUCCUGACUCCCAACCUACCUUAAUAUAGCUAUUUUUAUCAAGACAUUAAAGUUCGUACAAUAUAUGUACAAAAAAGUAGAAAACACAUAUGUCGUUGGGUGAAUUGCAAAAAACAACCUGUAAAUGUUCGCUGUGAUGCUAAUGUAUUUCAUGAAUGUUAGCGUAAUUUUUAUGCAGAUUUUGCAGAAUGGGAUGCAGCAUGUUAGAUGGAGUUCAAGUCUGCUUAAACACAAUUUAAUGCUAUUUUUAGUCUAAUUUCAGAUUAUUUUGUAUCUAUUUUUAUACUCUUAUGGAUUCUGAUAAAAACCUCUCUACCUACAUCGUUUAAAUGAUGUAAACAUUUCU